AUGGAUGGCACCUUCUCCAGCCAGGGCAGCGGGCCACAUGACGCCAUGAGGGGGCACUGGAGGAGCCCGGCAGACCAGACAGAGAUGGAGCUGACCGGGGUCAACUGGGUGCUGCUGGCGGCGGCGGGGCUUCUCCUGUGCACCGGCGGCGGCUCGGCCGCGCCGCUGGAGUGCCACUUCGACUCCAGAGCCCUGUGUGUGUUCGAGGGAAGGCACUACUCGCUGGGAGAGACCUGGAUGGACAACGCCUGCAUGCAGUGCACCUGCCUGCACCCCGUCGGCGUGGGCUGCUGCGAGACGGUGCACCGGCCCGUCGACUUCCCCGCCUGGUGCAACGUCCGGGUGGAGCCGGUGACCUGCAAGGUGGUCCUGGUCCAGACGGCGGACCCCCGCCUGCCGUGCUCCCCGGGCGGAGCCGACACGGACCCCAGCCAGGGGGCGCUGCAGCUGCAGCAGCAGCUGGACGGCUGA